AAACAAAUAUCGCGCGAAGACUUUGCUCUUUCCACACCACAAUUUCCACCACAGCCCACAAUUCAAUGCCAAACGCGGCGCACUCGCUAUGCUCCCCUGUGUUUGCAUCCACAUGUAUAAGACGCCCGCCGCGUUUUCUAGCAGACAUCCCUUCGUGUCAGGGAAAUAGAAGGAGAGAGAGGAGCGAAGAUGACGAGGCCCGUUUCUCUCUUUCUCUCUCUCUCCCUCCUCUACGCGCUCUCCAUCUCCGUUACUUGUGCUACCUUCAAGUGUUCAUCUCGCGACACGUGUCAGUCGCUGCUUGGCUACACGCCUCGCAACGCGACCACCAUAUCCACCAUCCAGCACCUCUUCGGAGUGGAAUCUCUCCACUCGCUACUGGGCGCUAACUCGUUUCCCCUCUCGACCGAGCCGAGCCAGAUCAUCAACGCCAAUUCGACGGUUCGGGUCCCAAUCCCCUGCAAGUGCGGUAACGGGUCCGGCAUCUCGGACGAUACGCCGUUUUACACGGUGAAGAAAGACGACGGCCUAGACGCGAUUGCGAGGACUAUUUUCUCGGGAUUCGUGACAUUCCAGGAGAUCGCGGCCAUCAACAACAUAAAGAACCCGGACAUUAUCAUUACAGGUGCGAAGCUGCGGAUCCCGCUGCCCUGCAGCUGCGAUGACGUAGACACGGCGAGAGUCGUCCAUUACGGACACGUGGUGGCUGCUGGGAGCUCGGUGGAGCAGAUUGCGAAGGAGUUCGGGACCGCGCAGGAGACGCUGCUGGCUCUAAACAACCUCAGCGACCCCAAAGAUCUUCAGGCGGGACAAAUUCUGGAUGUUCCUCUCAAAGCUUGCAGUUCUUCAAUAAACAGCACUGCAGAGGAUAUCUCCUUGCUCCUCCCUAACCACAGCUACGCCCUUACCGCCAACAACUGCGUCAAAUGCAGCUGUCACUCAAGCAAUUGGCAAUUAAAAUGCAAGCCGUCGCAAGUUGUUCGCAUUGUGAAAUGGUCCAAGUGCCCAUCAAUGCAAUGUGGAGGGCCAUCCAAUCUGUACAUCGGCAACACCUCUGUUUCUGCCACCUGCAGUAACACAACGUGUGCCUAUGCUGGAUACACCGAAGAUGAGAUCCUUACCACCCUCAUCACUCAACCGACGUGCCCGACUGCUGGAGCACCCGGAUUGCAGCCUCCAGCUGCUGGAGCACCUGGAUCGCAGCCUCCGGGUAAUUCUGCCGGUGGAUCGCAGACUCCUGGUAAUUCUGCCGAUGGAAGGUUGGGAUUGCAGGGUUCGAGAUGGAUGUGGAUCUUCAUUUCUCUUAACGUGGGUCUGCUUUCUUUUGGUCUCCCUUGGUAGGAUGCUUUACCACUCAUAGCUAGACAUUACCAAUUUCAUCUUUCCGAAAGAAUGAGAACAUUGUAGUGAGAGUUUUGGGUGAGGAUAUUUGGGAAUAAGUGUUUGGAGAUUACCCUUUUUUGUAAGUAAUGUCGGGGGGAUAUGCAAGCUAAUGGAUGAUUCUUUCUUUCUACCUCA